UCGUAAUAUGUCAAGAUUCACUAAAUGCCAUGUAGAUUUGUCCUGGUAAUCAUAAGCCCGCGUGGUUAUGGUCAGGGGUUAACCCGCAAAACGGAAGUCCUGCGGCACAUUUUUUUUUUUUUUUUUACAGCUUGACACCGCACGAGCGUCUGGCGCCCACGAUUAUUGCGUCACAUCCGUCGAGGCUGGUUCUUUUUUUGUUUUCCCGUAUCCGCCAUUUCAGUUUUUGAACUUAGUUGUCAUCGGCCGCGGCGUUGUAGCCGCAAAUUCCGCUGCCGCACCGUCUGGCGCGACUCGCAGAGCCCACGCACUCCGUCCCGCACACCAAACCCGAGUGCCUUUGUUGGGCUUGCCCCCCUCUCCACACCAGCGGUCGAGCUUCUGCGUCGGCGAGUGGACGUCCAGACGGCCGGCCGCGGAUGUCGCCCGUUCGCCGAACGUGCUCUAGGCGCUGAAGUUUUUUUUUUCUUCUUCUUCUUCUUCUUCUUCUUGUAUGAGUUGAAGGCUUCGCCUGCGGACGACGGGCGGGAGAGCAGGGGAAGGCCCGGUGCAGCCUCGCCUUCGGACUGGUGGCCAUGGCCGGGAAUUUCGACGCGGAGGACCGCGGCAGCUGGUACUGGCGUCGGCUGAGCAGGCAGGAGGCUGUGUCCCUGCUGCAGGGGCAGCGGCACGGCGUGUUCCUGGUGCGCGACUCCAUCACCAGCCCCGGCGACUACGUGCUGUCGGUGUCGGAGAACUCCAAAGUCUCGCAUUACAUAAUCAACAGCAUCAGCAACAACCGACAGUCCGGUCCAGGUUUGGUUCUUCCGAGGUUCCGUAUCGGUGACCAGGAGUUUGACGCUCUCCCAGCCUUGCUAGAAUUCUAUAAAAUACACUACUUAGACACCACCACCUUGAUAGAACCCAUCAACAAGUCCAAGUACACCUCCUUCGUCAGCGUCGGCCCCGGCGGGGGGCCCCCGCCGCGCCUGGAGGACGAGUACGUCCGGGCACUCUUCGACUUCCCGGGCAACGACGAGGAGGAUCUCCCGUUCAGGAAGGGUGACGUUCUCCGGGUUCUGGAGAAGCCGGAGGAGCAGUGGUGGAAUGCCCAGAACUCAGAGGGCCGAGCGGGGAUGAUACCAGUGCCGUAUGUGGAGAAGUACCGGCCGGCGUCUCCGAGUUCAGCGGCGGGGCCUGGCGUUCCUGGGGGACCGCCGGGAGGCAUGGGGAUGCUAGGGAACUCUGACGGAUCUGUGGCUCCGCCCAGCACUCCGCUUCUGGGAGACCCCAGCCAGUACGCCCAGCCCACCCCUCUCCCAAACCUCCAGAAUGGACCUGUGUAUGCCAGGGCCAUACAGAAAAGGGUGCCCAAUGCCUACGACAAGACUGCCCUGGCCUUGGAGGUGGGCGACAUGGUGAAGGUGACCAAAAUUAACGUGAACGGCCAGUGGGAGGGGGAAUGUAAAGGCAAACGUGGCCACUUUCCCUUCACACACGUCAAACUGCUGGACCAGCACAAUGCCGAGGACGAGCUCAGCUGAGAGCGGACGGCAACCCGGACACUAGUAUUAGACCCUUCCUCACCCCCCCCCCCCCCCCCUUUUCCUUCCUCUUCCACACACUCACCUGCUCUGUUCUCCCCCCACGUCUGCUCCAGCUUUUACCUGCACCAAGUACAUUUUCAGAGAAUCACAGAGAACUAAACAAACAGACCCUCGUUGGACCCUUGUUAUACACACCCUCCAGUUCUACCCUUGUGAAUAAUCAUGCCUGCCGUCCUCCGCUACCUGCUCUGACCGACUGACUGACUUCAGAAUGGGUCAUAUACUCCACGGUGGAAACAGAAGAUGCACAGUCUCCUGCUCUGCGGGCAUGGCAACACUGUUUGUACUCCCCCUCGUCACGUCCCUGCUGUGGACGCCUUAUCAACACUCGCUCCUCAGGAGACUCCUCGCCACACAAUUCAGCCAUUUCCUCUUCCUGCAUUGUAGCCAGUAGAUAAUGAUACUCGGCACUGUCAUUUCUCCCCCUCAUCCUUCACCAUGUUUACGCCUGCUGCAUUCAUGUCAGAUGGGAAUUCAGUAACAAGUUGAAGAGUGACCACACAUUUUAAAUGUUUGUGUCUCAUUUGAAGCUGUUCUGGCACCAAUAUAGAAACUUGUACUGACAGUUUAAAAGAAUAUUUUGACAUUUUUGGAGACAUGCACUCAUCUGUCUGUACAGUGAACACGAGGCUACCGCCUGCAGCUAAUUAUCUUAGCUUAGCAUGAAGACUGGAAGCAGGAAGAAAUGACUCAAAAUCCACCUAUCACCACCUUUAAAGCUCAGUUACGCCAACCAACCACCAAAGUAUAUUCAGACAAUUCACAACGUUAUGGGGACGUAUUCGGUUGGGAGCAGUUGCCAGGCAACCAAUGGAUAUUAAGUCGCUCCACCCGGCCAAGAAAUAGUCUAGCACGUGAUCACCUAUGAAACAUCAAAUUGUUGUUUUUGACCUGCUGACACUCGGGAGGUUCUUUUACCCGGACCCCCCACUUCCAGUCUUUUUGGUAAACUAAGCUAACUGCCUGCUCUUUUUUAUCGUGCAGACAAGGGAGUGGUAUCAAUCUUCCGUCUAACAGAAAGACAAAAAGAAAGCAAACAAGAGCAUUGCCCAAAAUCUCCAGCUAUUCUUUUGAUUCUGAUCUGCUUGUUUCAAACUUACAGUACAUGCUUGUAAUGAGCAAAUCAAACUUGACAUGUUCCCACACACAGGCUACACUUAUUCUCUGUAACGUGCCAUGACAGUGUUUUUUUUCUUUCUCCCCCACAUUUGCCCUUCAUUUUUCCACACUGGUCUUUCCUCAGUGUUGUUAUCUUUAUCCAGGAAAUGAGACAUAUGGGGUUGUUGAAGGUAUUCGUUCAGAGCUCAACACCUAAUAUUUAAGUGGCGUUAACUAGACAGAGCAAAAAUCGCUGACGUGCUACCUAAGUUGAGGGGAAUGGCAUUUUCGUAAUGCAUCUGCUUUUGUUUUUAUAAGACAUGAAUGCAGCAUUAUUUGGGUCAUCUCAAGACUGUGUGAGGGACACGGGCAGUAUGACUCAAAUCCCUGGACGUCUGCAGCGUUUUAUCACUGGGAAAAAAAUGAAGAGGGAGAAUAUCACAUCUCGGAAAGAACUGAAGAGGUGCGGUCAACUGGAGGUGUGCAAUUCUCAAGGAGCAGGUGAAGGACUAGUCCAGCAUCCACCCCUCAUGCCAAAUAACACAAGUGAGUUGAGACAAGCAGCUAGUUGCGACUUCAUGCAGACACAGUCACGGAGCAGGCCGCUGCGGUGAAGCUAGGAAACCGGUGGAGAGGAGGGCAACACUACAUUUAACCUCUAUCCACCUCUCUGCUCACCUCAGCCCCCAUCCACCCAUCACCUGCGGCCACCAAGUACCACCAAGUAGUCUUUUUGUAAGAAGAAAAAAAAGGAACAUAUUGUUAUGAAAUGAUGUACUAUGUAAUUAUCAUUACAUGCUAAAAUAUUAUUUUGUUGUAGUUUUUUUUUUUUUCAUGGCUGCGUUUGACUGCAGGGAAACUGUUUUCAAUGUACACUGAACUCUGCAAAGUGUUGCAAGGGAGUGAGGGGCUGCUGGUGCAAGAUAAAAUGACUUGGGGGGGUGGGGGGGUACAUCUGUUUGCCCCCAGCCAUCACAAUACUACUUGCUCUAAUUCUGCAUCUGAUGUACAUGAAGGAAGUUGAACCGAGCGAGCUUGGGCCGCCCACCAUUUUAGUUAGUAACGUCGUCGUAUAUUAGCACUCUCCAUUCCGCUCACUGAGUAGACCUUAGCCAGACAGAUCGCUCUGUGUUCAGAUCUCGUCAAAUGUGUUGCAAGAAAAGACAAAGUGGUAUUUGGUACAUGUUUUUAACCUAUUCAUAAUCUUGCUGCCACCUUGCACUAUCUUGUUCUUUCAAUCCUCGGGACCGUGAGCCUUUGUUCUUCCCCUGUGCUUAUUCCUUUGCCCCUCCUUUUUAUUUUUAUUUAAAAACCUUUAUGAUGCACACACCAACAUGGACUUUUUUCUUUCUUUCACUGUCUUCUCUCUGCCCUCCAUUUCAGAAUUUUGCCAAGAGAUCAUGCCAGUUGUUUUGUAUUACAGACUGCCUUUUUCUCCCGAAGGGGUCGUUUUCUGUUGAGGUUGAAUCAAUCUACUUUUUUUUGACACCUGACAAUCAUCACCCACUUUAAUCAUCAAACAUAAACUGGCUUGGAUUGAAGCAGGCUGGAUGUGCAGCUCAGACAUUUGCUGAAGUGAACUUGCUCCACUUUGAAUUUGAUCUGUGAGAACCUGCUGUUUCUCCCAAGUGAAGGGUUCCUCUCGGAUGUCACGGUACAGUAGCCCUGGCCAGCGCUGCGUGCCACCCUUAGAUGGCACUGUAGCAACAUCCAGAAAGAUGGGAUCCUUCAGAAAAGCCUAUUCUGCCAGUGGUUACGAUAUUAAAGGAUAUGAAAUUAGAUUUUUGACAGAAUGCACUUACUGCUUUUACCCCGAGUUUGCAUUGAUUCUAUUCUCCCCUUUUUAUGGUUUAGUUUCCUUGACCUUACAGCUUUGCCUGACUAACUCUGUCCUGCUUUCACAUUCUAUUUUCAACUUGGCCAGAUUCCAAACCCACGUUUAAAGAUUUCCGGUUACAGAAAAUAUUUAGCUGACUUCUUGGAAAAAAAUCUGUGGUCUAGGAAAGUGACAUUUGUGUUUACUGCCUUUUUUUUUUUUGGUGGGCUUACAGUCCGUUUUUAGCCAUGUAGUUGCGAUCAAAUCAAGCUUCUUUGUCACUCACCCUGCACAUGGCAAGUGCUUCGCUACAUAAAUCAUUAUCUUAUAAAUUUUGUUGCCAAUGAAACCACCAAGAAGUAUUUUUUUAGUAGCCCUGCAUGAAGUCAUUCGUUUCCUUUCACAAAAAGGAAGGGGUGUCAAAAUGCCAGUGGAAAUUGUGUUAAUAUAAAAAUGUGCCAUUUUAUUAUAACACUAUAUUCUUUCAAGACAAUUGAAAUUACCUUAUUUUCCGUAGCAUGUAAUGUGUUAAUAUACUAGUAAAUAAAGUCAAACCCAUGACAAAUGA